GUGGAGCGGUUUCGGCGCCGCCUGUUCUCCAGCGUCGCCGAUAGGCUAAAGGCCGUCCAAUCAGUUCACCUCUCGACUGCCGGGCGGCAGCACCAUCGCGCCAGGCGGAGUGUCCCCGAGACCGGAAUGGCGCUGCACCGCGACGAGCAAGGUGUAGAUGUUCUGCAGAAGGACAAUGGUGCAGAAAAGGUGUGGGACUUCCCGGCCCCUGGAGCCCAGCAUGUGCACAUUUUCAAAGACCAGGACAAGACCUAUGCCCUGGCAGCAUUUGGACGAGGAUCGAAAACCAGUUGGCUAUAUGAGCUGGUGGGUGACUCAUGGACGGCACGCUCCAACCUGUCGACGUUUGGCGCCGUCGAGUUCACGUCGUUCGUGCGCGAUAACAGCCGGUACGUGCUGGCUGCCGAGUACGACUGCGGCGCCAACCGGGCCGACAAGCAGGGCUCGGUGCUCUACCGGCUGACAGGCGGACAGCUGCAGCUGCAGCACGUGCUGCCCGGCGGCCAUCCCACCGACGUGGCCAUCUGGAAAAACUUAGAUACGGUCCACAUCGGCGUGGCCUCCGAGUUUGAGAGUAAUGCCUACGGGAGGGCCAACUACCACGUCAACAGCAGCGUCUUCAAGUGGACGGACGGCAACUUCCUGCGCCACGCGGUGCCGACGCACGGUGCUCGGGAUCUGGAGCCGUUCCGCAUGCACAGCCACUCGUUCCUGGCGGUGGCCAACCACCGCAACAACGACGGCAGUCUGAACCUGUAUAGCGAGGUGCUGCGCUACAGUUUGGCGACGGGUCAGUACCGGUCGUACCAGCGUCUGCCGACGCGCGGCGCCGUCCGGUUCCGUCACUUCAGCUGGGGAGACGGCGUCAGUGCCGAGCACUUUCUGGUGGUGGCCAACCAGGCCGACCGAGACUCUGCUGCCGACGAGGUGGACUACGGGGUCAGCUCUGUCAUCUACAAGUUCUCCCAGAGCCAGUUUGUGCCGUUCCAGUGCAUCCCGACCGUUCGAGCCAGAGAUGUGCUCCCCGUCUGGGGCCCCAGCGGCGAGUUCGUCCUGGCCUUCCUGGACAACUCCGGUCUGAAGCUGUACCAGUACACCGGCUGGCGGUUUGUGCUGGUGACCCUGGUGCCACUGGUGCCGGCUGGUGACACUCGCCUCUCGUCCUUCACACACGACGGCUUCAGCCACCUGACGGUGGGCAGUGCCGCCGGGCCGGACGGUCUACCCUCCGUGUACCGGCUGCGGUUCGAGCGGCGCCACGACCUGCUCAACCUGCACACCGGCUGCACGGAGUGGUGCAGCGGGCUGCAGGCCGAGCUGGGACGGCUGCAGCCGCGUGUGGACGCCCUGCGAGCUCGGCUGCAGGAGGCGCCCCGGGUCGACCAGCCCGUGACGUUCGUGUCUCUGCACGUGAAGGCGACGCAGCUGGUGCACUUCAGCGCCGUGUCUGUGGAUAACGUCCGUCUGCCGCACAACGUGACCCUCAACUCCGGACUGCUGGCGCGGCUGUCGACUCUCCGUGGGCGGCUACAGCAGAGUCUGAUCACUCUGGAUAGGCUGCGAGAGCGACUGGACGGCGCCGUCUCCAUCGCCGCCAACCACACCUUCGCGCAGACGGUGAUCCUGACCGGCUCGUGGCACCUGAGCACCGUCUCCGCGCGACGACUGCAGCUGCGCGCACUGAACAGCGUCACUAACGUAUCCGAGCUGCUGGCCGCCCUGGUGCGCACGGACCGACCUUUCAGCAGCGAGGCCGCGCGCCUGACGCUCGACAGUCUCCGGCUGAGCGCUGGGGCUAAUCUGACGGUCGGCACUCUGAGCCAUGUCCGACCGUCCAGUUUCGUCACACUCAGCGGUGACCACGAUAUCACGGCCAGUAAGGUUCUGGGCGGUCAUGUAACCGCAGCCGAUGUCCGUGCUCAGUUUGUGAACGGACUUCGCGUCAGCGGUGACACCGUGCUGGUGCAGGGAACAUUGCCAGCCGGUGUGACCCGAUUCAGCAGCCUGACCGUGGCUGACCUGCGGGUCCAGUACAUCAACGGCAUCGAUGUGAAGAAGGUGAUGCAGCAGGCGGUGUUGUCCGGAGGCGGCCGGCUCACCGGCCCAGUGUAUUUCGCCGGUCCGGUGACCAUCCAUUCGGCCACUGUACGCAGCAUUAACGGCGUCUCUGUGAAUCGACUGCUGCGGAAGGCCUUCACCACCACCGGCGGACAGAAUAUCACGGGCUCAUGGACGGUGGGCCGUCUGAUCGUAACCCGCGACCUGACGCUGGCGGGCACACUGGGCGGACUCCACGUACCGGAUGACUUUGUGCCAGUGAAUCGUCCCGAGCUCAGCUAUCGAGUUGGGCAGCUAUCGUUCUCCGAGGUCACCGUACACGAGCUGACCGUCACCGAGAGGAUGGGACCGGUCCGGGUGAUUGACGGCCUGCUGCAGCUUCUGCUCACCUCCGGAGACCAGCUGAUAGUCAGUAAGAAGACUGUCGGCUCCCUGCACCUGGCCAGCAACUCGACCGUCAGCGGCACCGUCAACGGCGUCAACAUCACCGAGGAGCUGCUGGAGACGGCGCUGGAACAGUCGGCAUCCAGAAUCGACGGCGAUAAGGUGAUUCGCGGUGACGUCAUCAUCGUGUCCGACCUGCGUCUUAGCGGCCUGCUCAACGGACUGGACGUACCGACCAUGCUGCGGUCGGCACUCAAACUGAGGGACACCGCCCUGCCGGCCAUGGAGUUCGAACACCUGGAGAUCUCCGGUGACCUGCGCGCCGCGCUACUGAACAACAUCUCCCCCACCGAGUGGGUGAUGACCUCCGGAGUCGACCAGAUCAUCACCGGCAACAAGGCGCUGCUGGCCCUCUCCGCUGCCGACAUCACGGUGGACCUGCUGAACGGCCUGCAGGCGGACGGCUUCUUCGGCAGCGUGCUGAGGACCGAGGGCGACCAGCACGUUCGCGGGCCGCUGCUGUUCGCGGCGGAGACCGUGUUCGAUACUGUGGCCGCCAACUACGUCAACUGGCAGGGCUACAACCUGACGGAGGAGGUGGUCACCGUCAGCGGGUCUCACGUCAUCACCGGCACGAAGCUGUUCUCCGCGCCCCUCCAGGUAGCUGACCUGCAGGUCACUGACCUCUGGGUGGACGGUCUGGUGGACGGUGUCAACGUCUCCGCGUUACUGACCCACGCGGCCGACGCCGUCAACACCACGUACAUGACUGUGACGGGCUCCCAGAAGUUCACCAGCCGGGUCACAGCCUCCUCUCUGGUGGUAACUGGUAAGGUGAACGGGGACGACCUCGUCGCCACGCUGCACGACGCCGUCCGAGACGCCCUGGUGGUCGGCGAUAUGGCGUUCGACGCGGCGGUGACGGUGGAGCGGCUUACAUUCACAGGUUCGAUGGACGGCGUGUCUGCCGCCGAGUUCGGCUCCGACUGGCUGGUGUCGGGCGGAGGACAGACUCUGGCCGGGCCGCUCCAGUUCACCCGUGACGCCAUGAUCACCACGCCAACACUCACUGUGACGCUGGGGGGACGGCUGAACGGUGUCGUCGGCGGAAAACUGCUGGACGGACGGAUACCGGUCAAUGAGGAGGUGGUCAUCACACAGAAUGUCACCAUACAGUCCCUGGCGACGCCGGAGGUCACGAUCGAGAUGGAGGGUAUGAAUUUCACGGACGUAAUGCGCCAGAACCAGAGCCAGGUGGUGCUCGGAGUCAAGGUGUUUUUGGGCGGGAUGCGCGCGCUAAACACGUUCUCCGUGGAAGGACCUAUCAACGGGGUCCUACUGGACGAGGUGUGUCGGCGGACCGUGCUCCCUGGCGACGGCGGCGUCGCCUUCGAUAAAGUCACCGUCCACGGUGACGUCACGCUCCACCAAGUGACGGACCUUCUGUCCUGGACCGUGAACGGGGUGGCCCUGGGUGAGCUGGAGCAGCGCUACUGGCUCCGGGACGCCCGUCAGACCCUCAACGGACGCGUCACGCUGGCCAAACCUUACUUCACCGCCGUGGAAGACGUCCAGACUCUGCUGUCCGGAGAGUCGGCGGUGACGGUGGACCUGAAACCCUACAUGGCGAACUAUUGGAGCCUCUCCCGACCUCAGACGGUCAGCGGGCCGGUCACCUUCCUCUCUGACGUCAAACUGGCAUCGCUGUCCGCCAAUGAGCUGACGGUGCUGGGCCUGCUGAACGGCCGCCGCCUGUCCACUCUGCGGGACUCUGUACUGACACUGGACGGAGGUAGCGUCACUGGCGAGUGGGUGCUGCCCGAACUGGUGGUCACAGGUCCCGUAUCGUUCAUCACUCUGAACGGGAUCCCCGGUUCGGCCCUGGUGCCGACCUCUGCGUCCGAGGUUCACUUCACUGCCCGACAGACCGUCCGCUACAUGGUGGUCCUCGGUGACGUCAUACUGCCGGACGGCGGCCUGGUCUACCGGCUCGACCUCUCCCACGAGCUCAACACCACAAACUUCCUCUCUGGUCGACCAGGGGGACUGACGCCUCUGGUGGUCACCUCGGAUGUGGUGUUUGGCUGCGAGGCGCUCACGUUCACCCAGCCGCUGACGGUCCUGGGCACUGUGAACGGUGUCCGCCUGACGCGCUCUACCGUUCUGACGCUCUUCUCCGGUGAACAGCAAGUACCCGGUGUGACCCGUCUCAUCCACGUGGGCGGGCCGUGCCUGAAGCUCCCUCAGCUGACUACGCGACUGCUGAACGGGGUCGAUAUUGAGAGGCUCAUCAAACACGCGGUGCGAGUGGUCGGUCUGGCCUCGCAGAGUGACACAGCCCUGGUCGUCACCGGGCACUGGACAUUCACUAACGUCCCCGCCAUGCUCGGAUACUACGCGGACGACGCGGAUGCUGAACAGCGGAUGGCUGAGCUGCUGCGGCAGGUGCUGUGGACGCUCCAGCAGCUCGGCAGCCUGAACCAGACAGCGGCCGACGAGCACCUGAUCGUCCUCAGAGACAUCUACCGGGCUCUGCAGGAAGCUAGAGGUCAACUGCAGCGCGCCAGCUACCUGCAGUACUUUGUCUCGGUACAGCGCUGGUCGUCCGACAUUGUACGCCUGCUGCCUGUGUUUGUGGACGGAGACUCGUCUCCGCCGGCCUUCCUACUGGCCGUCUGGCCGGACCGGGUGCAGCUGCUUCGCUGGCGGCCAGGAGACAACUUUGGACGGUGGAUUGAUGGCCCCCGGUACCCGGAGCGCCGGGUCGCCGCUAUGGCCGGUCUGCGGCUCGCUGACGGCACCGCCUACAUAGCAGAGGCGCGGCUGACCGAGCCGGGCGGCGGACAAGAGGUGGAGGACCGGGUCUACCGCUGGGACGACCCCGCUCUGAGUCAGCUCGGUGAUGCUGUGAACUACAUUUUCCUAUACCACCGUGAUGUCCUGACGCAGUCGCUGGCAAUGCCGAGCCACAAAACGGUCGACGUCACGAGUCUGAAGCCGUCUCCGGAUCACGACUGUUUCCUGUUCGUCCACUUUGCUGGCAACGGCUCCCACCUGGUCUGCCACAGCGCCGGACAGCGCGGCUUCGUCGUCCACCAGACCAUACCGACUCACCGUGCACGUCAGGCGUCUGUGUACUCUGCCUCCGGCUCUGUAUGUGUGGCGCUGGCCGGCGGCGGUCGGGUGGACCUGUGGUGCUGGGACUCUGAGCUGCUGCGUCUCUCCCGGAGACAAACCAUAGCUGCCGCUGCGGUGGGCGUCACCACGGCCCAGCUCGGGGGGCGGACACUGCUGACGGUGACCAGAGCCGACUCGGGAAAACUGACCGGCCUCGUGGACAUCUACGGGCUGGAGCCGGCCUGGAGUCAGUUCCGACACCUGCAGACGGUGCCGGUGUGGGGUGUACGCGCCGCGCGACUGCUGACCCUGCCCUCCGAGCAGCUACUCCUUGCCUGUCUGACCGCUGACGGACGCGCCGUGUACCUAGAGUACCGCGGCCCGAGCGGCUUCGAGCCGCGCGGGGAACUCAGCGUGGGACCGGCCGCAUCCCUGGAGGUGUACAAUAUGGAAGGACUGGCCACCCAACUGGCGGUGGCCGGUAGACCCACCCUGGAUAUGUUCGCGCUCGAGGAACACUACCCGGCAGCUGUGUUUGCUGGGAAGUUCAUGGGACACGCCUGGUAGAAGGAGAUCGACAAGUGGUUCUGCGGAUCACAGAACGGUGGGUUCGACGGCUGUGAAGUUUUGCGAGUCGGGGCGUUGUUAGCUGUUGGGCGCCUGGCUGUUACUUUGGAAUUGUUUUGUCCUGGUUGCUACUUU